AUGGGGGAUUUUAAGGAGCUUAAGCUCCUUAGUAAGGAGUCUGCCCCUUACACAAAAUUUGGUGUUGAUAUGGAGAAGGAUCAUGAUGUUAAAGAUGUGGCAUGUUCAGAUUUUUCCCAGAAGUCCUGUGAAGAAUGUCUAAAAAAUGUCUCGUGCCUUUGGUGUUACACAAACAACACUUGCAUCGACUACCCCGUAAGAAGUAUUCUGCCAUCAUCUUCCUUAUGUUCACUCUCAAAAGCUCGAUGGGGAGUUUGCUGGAUGAACUUUGAGGGUUUGCUCAUCGCCAUAGCUGUAGCAGCUGGACUCAUCCUGGUGUCCGUAGCAGUCUGUUGCUGCUACUGCUGUUACUGCAGAAGGCGCCGUGCCAGGAGCAGAGCAGAUGAAGAAGAAGAAAGAUUGGCAAGAAAUAAAGAAGAGCGAAGGCUACAGUCUCUUCAGCGGAAACAUGAGAGAAAAAUGAAGCAUGAUGAAAUACGCAGGAAGUAUGGUCUUCUGCAGGAUUCUGAUAAUCCUUACAGCAGAUUUGAGAAUGAGUGAAGCUGAGAACCUUCUAAUAGAGCUCUGAUUCCAGAAUACAGGAAGAUCAUCUUUUGCUUGCAUUUGCCCUUUGGGUUUG